AGGCCGGCCGGGCGGCCACAGCGCAGCCGGUUCCUGCACCAUGCCCACGGCCCGCAGCGUCCUCAUCUUGGCGGGGCUCCUGGCUCUCUGGGCAGAGCUGCCGGCAGCAUCCGCCCAGAAUGACACCACAAAAGCCGGCGUGUGCCCGAGCCCCGCGACGGACGCGGUGAACUGCACAGUGGGGUGCCAGUCCGAUGGCGACUGCGAGAGCACCCUCAAGUGCUGCCCGGCAGCCUGCGGCAAGGCCUGCCAGAAGCCUGACGAGAAACCUGGCACCUGCCCACCUGUCAACCCAGGCAUCCCCAUGCUGGGCCUCUGCACCAACCAGUGCAAGACCGACGCCAACUGCUCCGGGAUCCAGAAGUGUUGCAGGAAUGGCUGCGGCAAGGUCUCCUGUGUGACACCCAUCCACUGAGUCUCUGCUCCUUUGCAGGUGCAGCCACUGCCUGCGAGCCCAGCCACAGGGAAGCUGCUGCCCGAUGCCCAUCCCACAUGCCCUGGCCCUGGUCCUGCACCAUCCCCCCGGAUUGGAGCCUUCAGCCUCAGUUUUCUCCCUGGGGUUCUCUGCUCAGGGCGAGCCCCCUGCACUCUCACCAAUAAAGCAGCUUCUCCCUGUCA